UCCGUCGAGAGACUGCCAUUUCUCUCGAAAGGGCGCGACGCGAGAAAAACUCCGACGCGCUCCAACGACGAAGUCAUGACAUUUGUGUGUUUCAUUGCAGUGACCGUGCUCUGCUACUUUACGUCGCUGGUCUUUGCUCGUUCGUACCUUUUCCGCGAGUCUGACUCCGUCAACCACAUCCGCGCGCGACGCCAGACUUCUUUGAUUCUUGUUUUCGCGGAAAGCAUGUGCCAGUACCUUCUCUCCGUCUUCUGAUACUUCGAGACUCCGAGGCGGUCGACAACUGGAGCAACGCGAAGAAAACGCGUCGCAGGGGAUCGUCCGUUGCUGCCGUGAAUGCACACUGGAACAAAAAAGCUGGCGAAAAAUUCGAGAAGAUCAGGUUUCCUCGGCACACGGAAGUCUCGCUCUUGAGUCGAAUUUCAAUUCUGCCCGCGCAUAUUUGCGUCUGGACCGAGACUCGCGAUUCCUGGCAGCGUCGCUCGGAUGUGCAUUCACCUCAGUCCUCCCGCGUUUUCGCGCUCGGUUUGUUGACACACUUUAGCUUUGCUCAGCGCGCAUUCCAGGUUGUUAAGUCUCGGAGACUUGGCGCCUCCUUGUGAGAACUCUUUCUCUGCUUCCACCACGGAUGUUCCCCAUUCCCUGCCUCCUGCUUCUCUCCAUUUGCGGUUGCGUCUUCUUCGCUUCCUGAAGCCGCUGGCGAGACUGCCUUCCACGAGCGCCCCCAGUCUCUUUUCCGCGCCUCUAUCGGGAUGAGCUCGCGGAAUCGACUUGGUUUCAUGGCCUCAAGAGCCUCGUGAGGCUUUGACAACGCGCAGGCGGGCGUCCUCUAUCUUUCGACCUUCGCAAGACAUCACGGCCUUGUCAUGCAACUCAGCCUCCUCGUCUCGUCUGUUUUUCGCUGCCGGUCGAAGCAAUCUUUCUCGCCGUCUUCAGACUCUCCACUCUCUUCUCUCUCGGCCUCUCCCCUCUUUUCCAAACGUAACUCAGACUGCAUGCAAUGCUGGACGCCCCGAGAGACGCGGACGACCGAGGGGCGCGGAGCUGCGGCUCCUCCAGCUCCGGCCUCAUCCAGUUGAGCAUCGGAGUCUGUGCGAUGAAAGCCAAAACGCACAGCAAACCGAUGCGAGCCAUUUUGAGUCGCCUGGAGCGGUCGCUGGAGUUCCGCAUCGUUGUUUUCGACGAACAGAUGAUUCUCGAGGAAGACAUAACGACAUGGCCGCGCGUGGACUGCCUGAUUUGUUUCUACUCCACGGGAUUUCCGCUGGACAAAGCCAUCGGCUACGUGAAGCGUUUCCGACCGAUUCUUCUCAACGACCUCGAGCAACAAAGAAUCAUCCGCGACCGGGUGCUGGUCUACAAACAGCUGCAGAGACAUGGCAUUCCGCAUCCGCCGUAUGUGGUGGUGGACUACGAGCGCGUCAGCCGCGGCGAGGCGCAUUUUGAGGAAGGCUACGACUACAUCGUUUUCAACGACAAACGACUGAACAAACCUUUCAUUGAAAAGCCGCGAGACGCCGACAACCACGACAACUGGAUCUACUACCCCAAAAACGCCGGUGGAGGAUGCAAGAAACUGUACAGGAAGCAGCAGAACAGCAGCAGUUCGUACUGCCCCGACGUCCACUCCGUGCGAAAAGAUGGCACUUACAUUUACGAGGAAUUUCUCUCCACGUUCGGGACCGACGUCAAGGUCUACACAGUUGGGCCUCUGUUUGCGCAUGCGGAGGCGCGGAAGAGUCCGAGCGUCGACGGUGUGGUUUGUCGCUCCCCAGACGGGAAAGAAGUCCGAUAUCCGGUGAUUCUCACUGAACAAGAGAAGUGGAUUGCGUACCGCCUCGUCCGCGCCUUUCAGCAAAUCAUCUGUGGGUUCGAUAUUCUCCGGACUUCGAGUGGACCCUUUGUCUGCGACGUCAACGGCUUUUCCUUCGUCAAGGGGAACGUGAAGUACUACGAGGACUGCGCAAACAUCCUUCGUCUGUUCUUCAUCAAGAAAAGCAUCGAACGCUGGAGUGCCUUCGGAGUCUCGCCGCAACUCGCCGCGCCUCUCGCAGACUCGACGCCCGCUGCAUGCGCCCAGGGUGCGGGGACUUCUGCCUCGGGGCCAAGUGACCCCCGCGGGGGUCCGCCGCGGUCCACAGACCCAACAGAAACUCUCGUGACAGGCAGCAAUACGGAGUUGCAACUCGUCGCCGCCUCCCCUCCCUCCUCUGCCUCUUCGGCCUCCUUUGCGUCGCCGUCGCCGCUCUUCCGUGCGUCUUCUCCCUCACCUCCUCUGCACAUUGUUCUUCAGCAGCUGCUGCGAGCGCGGAACGAGUACCGCGCCCAGCGGCAGAUAUGUCGGGAGGAAGAGAAGAGACGCGAGCGCCAGACGGCGGAGGCGGACCUGCGUCUCCCCGCCGCCGCGGCUUCCUCUGGAGGCUCUUCUCCAGAGGGUGUACUGGGAGGGAGGGCGCUCCUUGAGGACGAGAAGCAGUUCAGAAGAGAGGGAGGGAAGACGGGUGGGGAUCCGGCCUCGGCCGCAGAGUCGCAGGAUGUCUGUCGCUCGCGAAAAGAGACUGGAGAACAGAGAAAGGAACACAAACGGACGCCGUCCUCAGGCUCCAGUCCACUGUGCCUGGCAGGGCUUCCCUCGCGGGAGACGCGGAUGCAUGCGCCGGCGGUCGGGAGCGAGGAGACAGUUGCGGCGCGGGAGGCGCGGCGCGGCUUCGGCGUCGGGGAAGACUCGCCUCAGGACGGAGCGCUCUCUCCCUCGUUCUCGUCGUUCUCGGUGUCGCAUGCGCCGCUCGAGACAGAUCCUCCCGAAGACAGAGCGGGGACGAUGAGUCCGUACACGACCGCGGGGGAGGCAAGCGGCGACGACGACGAAGAGUUGAGAACCGUUGUGGUGGUUAUGCGCCACGGUGACCGGAAACCCAAGCAGAAACUCAAGUUCAAAACUGAUCAAGAUCUGAUUCUCGAGCUCUUCGACGAGGAGCGAAACCGCCGGAAGGAAAUAAAACUCAAAAGCCCCGAGGAACUCCGAGACCUCCUGGACAGAAACACAGAAAUCAUCACUUUCCUCGGGAAGAAGAUGAUGUCUCUAGUCGCAGACAAGAAGAGUCUCGACGAACAGAAGGCUGUCCUAGAAGCUCGCGCAGCUUCGCCUUCCCCCUCGGCCUCUUGCUCAGCGUGUGCCUCGCCUGACUCUGCGUCUGCUGAGGCGUCUGACCCUGGGGCUUCUGGGCAUGUCUCCUCUGGCGGGGCAGGCGAGGAAGACUCUGUGGGCCUCACUCGAGAAGCGCAAGGCCUCCAGACAGCGCUUGAGAAGAAAGAGGCGGCGAUUGCCAAGCUGCAAAAGGAGCUGUCGGCGCACAAACAACUGCAGAAAGUUCUGCUGCAAGGCGACGGCUUCGCUGGCAUCAACCGAAAGAUUCAACUCAAACCUAUCGAGUGGGAGGAGACGGGAUCUCCGCGAGUCGCCUCGUCUCACGUAUCCACUGCUUCUUCUGCUUCUUCUUCCUCGUCUUCUUCUUCUUCCUCGUCUUGUGCGUCUUCUUCUGAGUCGACCUCUGCUUCUGCGUCGAGCUCUUCGUCUGCGUCGCCGUCCGUCCUCUCCGGAGAGGCGCGCGUAGGAGUGGGGGGACACUGUGGGGAGGCUGGGAUGCAGAGCUCCGCGAAGGGCAAGGGAGAGAAGACCAAGCCGAGAGGAGCCUCUGGCCAGAUGCCGGUCGAGUCCGCGACUUCUUCCUCUGUGUCACCUGCGCCGCCAUCGCCUCCACCUCUCUCCUCUUCGGGGGCGGCAGGGACGGCGGCGGGGCCUCCGGGGCGCGUGAUGCGCUGCGUCGUCGUCGCCAAGUGGGGAGGCGAACUGACAGGCAUAGGCCGGAAACAAGCCGAAGACCUGGGGAAGAAAUUUCGAUACAAACUGUACCCAGGCGACAGUGCGGGGCUCCUUCGGCUGCAUUCGACCUUCCGGCAUGACUUCAAGAUCUACACCAGCGAUGAAGGAAGAUGCCAAGUCACCUCAGCCGCAUUCACUAAAGGCUUUCUGGACCUUGAAGGCGAGCUGACUCCGAUCCUUGUCGCUCUCGUCAUUCGAAACAACAAGGCACACUCGCUCCUCGACGACACCGUCCAGCUCCCUGAGAGAAAGGAGUGCAAAGAAGUUCUCGACGAACUGUUGAACUUGAACGUUUCCUUCCGUGACGCCUCCGACGACCAGCUGGCGCUCGUGGACGCGCUCUUCCGCUGCCCUCUCCAACCGGUUCAACUCGCCUGUCUGAAAGAGAUCGACAAUCCAUGGCAAGCGAUGCAGAAGGCUUACAGCAGCUUGCAGAGCUUCAUUGCGGCGCUCGACGUUGCGGCCGCAGAUCAAUGUGGAGCAGGUGGAGAGAAGAGUGACAACUCGCUGGCCGCGCACCCUGCAUCGUCCAGUGGCGCGGCUGGGAGGGAGAAGCCUGCAGAGCAUCCCUUUGCACAGAAACUCGCAAGCAUUAAACAGAGAUGGACGACGUUACUGAAAGAAUGGUUCGAUCCUCGCACGGAGCUGUUUGACACCUCCAAGAUCGCAGACGUGAUGGACAUGCUUCGCUACGAACUGAUUCACCACCACAACGUUAUGACGCCGCGCGCCUUCGCCUUGGCCGUCGAAUCUCACAAGAUCAUGUUGCCCAUCCACUCGUUUUCUGGACCUGCAGAGAGCGGCAUCACCGACGCCCAAAAGCUGCGAAUCGGCGCGCAAAUCGUCGGCAAGCUCGUCAGAAAAAUUGUCAGAGACCUCACGUUCUUCAGAAGCGUGGAUCAGCCGCGUUUGCCGAUGGAAGGCCCGUCAACAACUGCUACGUUCACGGACUGGGGAAUGAGCAUGACGGCCGCUUGUGCCGCUGCACGGUUCGCGCCUCCACCGGGUCUCUCGCCGUCGCCGUCUCCGCUGCCGCCCCCCUUGGCAGCGCCCGACGCGCGCGGGGCGUCUCCGGCUGGGGGCGAGGGCCUGCCAGGCUCGCAGCUGCCAGUGAGGCCGUCCCUCGCGUGUGGGGCGCCAGGAGACAAAAGCACCUCCUCUGUGGGGUACGGGUCUGUGACGUCUCUCUCGGUGUCUUCCUCGCCUUCCUCGUCCACGCCCUCGCGGCUCUUCGGAGAUAGCUCGCGGUCGCGCGUCUCCUCAACGGCGGCGACGCGGGAAAAAACUCCACACGGUUUUGUCUCCCUCGGGGAUGUGCCGUCGGCUUUCCCGUCUGCUGUGUCCCCCCGCGGUCACGACAGAGACGGCGACGCAGGCCCAGACCGACGCGAGGGCCGCGCGCCCUGGCCGGCGUACCCUGGAGCCUCACCCGACUUCCCAGGCGCGCCUCCAGGAACCGCCGCGGCCAUCUCCUCCGCGACGUCGUCCGGUGCUUCCGCGUCUCCUUCUUCGACUUCUUCUUCCUCGUCCGGGCGCUCAGCGUCGAAUGGACUCCUCUCCGCAGCGUUCGACAGGCUUCGCGAGCGGACGCUGGCGACAACGCCACCCCACACGCACCGGGGCGAGGGGCGCGGGCCUGGAGUCUUGGCGCUUGUGGGGGCCCCCAGGUGGACGGCCGAGCGCGAAGAGAGCCCAACGCUCCAACCGCCUCUUGCGUCCUGUCCGGCGCUUCGACAAACGAUAGGGUCGUCGCCCUCGGAGCCUGAGUCUUCCGCCAUGUCCGCGUUCUCUUCAGUCUGUUCCUGCGUGUCUCCGUCCGCUUCUGGUUCCCAGCCUCCAGCGGCGGGGCCGGCGCCGGCGUACGCACCCCUCUCGCCUCAGGGCGCGGAGACGCUGCCACGGAGGCCGGCGGCGUCGUCCCCUGGGUCUCAGGAGUUCUUUCGCGAGACCGCGUGCUCGCCGCCGCGCCGCACCGGCUCCGAUGGGGAGCGCAACGGCCCUGGCGGGCCUCACCUGGUCCUGAAAAACCUGUCGGACGAGGAGCGCUUUCUCCAGUCGCUGUCGACCAACGAACUGUUUCUGAAAAACGAAGGCGCCAGGACGACCCGCGAAGUUGCAGACGCCGUCACCGCAGCCGCUGCAGACGCAGCGGCAGAAGCUGCUCCGACAGCCAGUGCCUCCUUCAGAGAACUGGUCAAGGCCAUGUGCGAUGACGAUGCAGAAACCUCGUCGCCACGCUCUUCGAACGCACACGGCCAGUCGUCUCCUCAGUCAGAUUCGUCAGCGUCGACUGGCGAGUCUGCUGCGUCUCCGCCUUCGUCGCGUCCGUCGGACUCGCGGUCGACCUCUGCACCGCAUAGCUGCGCCUCUGAUCCCGCCCAGCGCCGUGCGUCCCCGUCGGCGUCGUCCCCGGCCUCCUCGCCCGUUCCGGCGUCGCCCCACACAGCUGGCGCCCCGUCGGCGAGGUCCGGGGACGCGCCUGUCUCCUCUGCCUCCGCGUCGGCCGCCGGCCCUGCGUCGAGUCCGGUGCCCGGAGCGAAUCUGCUCGGCGGGCGGCUGUCUCGCAGCGCAAGCAGCGCGUGUUGCUACUCGUUCUUUUCGUCUUUCUCCGGAUCCGCAGGUCGGAGCGCGACGCACAAAGGCACGAGCAGCACACGAGGCAGCAGCACCGGGAGUGCAGGCGGGGGUCCGCGACUCCAUGGCUCUGGACCCGCAGCUCGCGGCCGGAGUUCGCAGAAGACGUCCUUCGCGACCUCGAGCUCCAGUCGGGCAAGCAGCACACGGCCGGCGUCUGCGUCGGUUUGUUCGCGCCCGGCAGGCGCUCCGAAGAAGCGCGUCUCGACGGGAACGACCGAGCGCGGGCGCCGCGACGAGGCCGUUGAGCUGGGUGACCGUGGAAAGGCCGGCGAAGACUCCUCGCCUCUCUUGGCCCUGCGCAGCGAAUCCCCUGGCGGCGCCAGUGUGGGGAAGAAAGGCGCGGAAGCCAACUGGGCGGUGAACGGCGGAAGCGAGGAAGGCGAGAAGCGCGGCGCCGGACGCGAAAUCACCGACCUGCUGGCCUCGCGGUUCGGUCUCGGACUCCCGGGUCUGGGCGGGGACUCCGAGCGGAGUCUGGGCGGCGCGGGCCAUGAGAAGGUCGUGAUCAACUCGGACGAGUUGUGGGCGCACCAGAAGAAGGCGAAGAAGUCGGAGAAACGCGAAGAGAAGGCCCCAUUGUCUCUGCAUGGCAUCCUCGCUUCGACCGCAGCUGGCGCCUUGCCUCUGGGCUCGCGACCUGCCGACCUCUACGGCCUCGGCGCCGAGAACGGAUCCGGCAGCCGGCCCGAGUCGAGUCGGAGCGGAAGCCGGGGAGGCCAGCGCAGCUGCAGUUCGGGAGGCCGCGACCAGGAGGAGUGCGAAGACGAGAGGCGUGAGCGCCGCCGGCGACCGGAGACCGAGGAAGGCGUGGAGAAGCUUCCGAGCCCGCAGAGCGCGGGAACCGGCGCAGCGGGGGUCGCCAGGCGCGGCUCUGAGGAGACAGCGGAGACGGCGACGCCGGGGAAGAGGGGCGAGGGAGACAGUGCAGGGGUGGGCGAGGCUCGCGGCGAGGCAAAGGGAGACGGGGGGGAGGAGGACGGCGAGAGCGCUGGCGCCGAGUGUCCUGAAGGCCGAGGCCGAAUGGCGGGAGACAGCGAAGGCGGUGGAGAGGAGGGAGGCGUCAGGCGAGAGGUCGCGGACGUUGAUAAGGAAGACGCAGCAGGGGAAAAGAAACAGAGCGAGGAAGACGACGGUGCUGAGGAUGACGAGGACCACGAGGAACACGAAGACGAUGAUCCCCAUGAACAUGAGGUCACGGCGCAGAUUCGCUUGAAGGAGGAAGAGGCGCGGAUGUUCGGCAUUCGCUCCCCCUGGCGCAUCGUGCGAAGUCGGUACUACGUGACGAGUGCGAGUCAUGUCCAGGCUCUCCUCAACAUUCUCCUCUUCAGCUACGAAGUCGUCUGCGUAAAGAACCAGUUCUGCCCCAACUGCGCCGCCAACGCUCGCGGCGAGGACGGCAAAAAGAAGGCUCGGUUGGAGAAGGUGGACGGGCAGGAGAAGGAGAAGGAGGCCGCUGCGGGGAGAGAGGACGAAGGGAGGAGACGAGGCGAAGACAGAGAGAGACGCGGCCAGAAGGCGGUGCAUGCCGGGGAGGCAGAGAUGGGCGAGCUGUCAAGGAAAGAAAGAGUGAAGAGCGACGCAGACUCGCACAGGCAGUCCAUGUGCCUUACCUGCGCAACACCGCUCCUCGACGCGGGCACCGAUCACGAGGCGCUCGGAACCUGCGAUUUGCACUAUCUCUCGCACAUUGUUUUUCGAGUAUGGGAGAAGAAGCGAGAUCGGGCGUCGCGAGGCGCAUUGAGUUCUCCUCAGCAUUUCUCCGUCUAUUCGCCGUCUGCCUCGGCGUAUCCGUCCUCGCCAGCCGGGACCUCUUGCUCCUCGCCUCUCUUCUCUUCGCAAGGCAAAGGUGGACCUGAAGACGAGCACAAGGUCCCCACAGCGGCCGCAGGGUCUGUGCCGCACACCCCCCAGCCUCCGGUCCCAGCCUCGCCGUACCGCCUCGAGAUCAGCUUCAGCACGGGCGCGAAAGACGGCUUUGGGCGUACGUUUGUCCUCAUCGAGCGCGAGGCGCAGGCGCAUCGCCAGCGUAGCCUUCUGAGAGCCGGGAGGAACGCGUCAGACAGCGGCCGUGAGUCGCAGAGAGAGUCUCCACCGCACGCAAAAACGGAGGCGGAGGCGCGUCGCGCGCCGGCCUGUGCCGUCUCCGAAGCCGCAGGCCUGUCGGCGAAGCCCGUGGAGACAGGAGGAGGCGAGGCGGAGGACGAGGCCAGAAAACCUGCAGCGGCGAGCGCGCGUGGAGGCGAUCCUUCCAGUGGAAAGAUGGGGACAGAGUGCCGCAGUGGCGGUGGACCUUGGGCGACCUCACAGGAUACAGAUGGUAAGCGGGAGGGACCUUCCGGUUUCGGUCGGAAGCCGGCGUACCCCUCCCCGGGGGCUUCGGCUUCUGUCAAGGCGCUUCUGAAACGUGGUUUGCAUGCAGAGGAAGAAGAAGACUACCUCGACGUUCAGCAGCAGGAGUUGUGCUACUACGCUCACGCGCCGAUCUCUGCGUACUCGGCGAGUCCCGGCGCCGAAGGGGCUGGGAAGGCUUCUUCGUCGUUCGUCUCCGGACAGGCCUGCGAGUGUGCAUGCUGCAUGGAGAGGCGAAGCGAGCUUCCAGCGGAGACAUGUGGAGCCGCUGCUUCCGCGGAUUCUGGCGCCCUAACCACGGGACCCGCCUGUAGCGGGUGUCCAUGCUGUCGAGCUGGGAAUACCGCUUCUUCCGGUGUGCAGCAGCAAGCCGACGAGAGCAGCACAGGGCGACAGGGAGAGACGGAGGAACCUGGCUUCGCGGCGUCUCUCCCCUCGAGAAGAGCAACAAACAGCGCGGCGGUGAAGCGAGAGAAAGGCCCUCAGACAGGCCCCGCAGGCGAGCGAACAGAAGACGAAGGGAGGGAAGGAAAGGACUCUCGCGAGGAUUUGCCUGCGCAGAGCCGAAACGCAGAAAACGGAGCCCCGCUCGUGGGCGCCGUCGUUCCGCCGUACUGCGAGCUCGCGCCACUCGUUUCCCUUUCACAAAGUUGCGUGCUAGAGCGGUUUGAAGCUUUGAUGAACAAAGUCUUGAGCCUGUACGGUUCACGGACACCGGCGAAAGCUGGGAAAGAUCGGAACAAUCAAAGCUCGACGACAAGUGCAGGCGACAGUUCGUUUUCUCCUUCCUCCUCGUCAGCUUCUUCCUCCUCAUCAGCUUCUUCCUCCUCUUCAUCUUCCUCCUGUUCAUCUUCUUCCUUUUCAGCUUCUUCCUCAACGUCUUGAUCGUCGUCUGUAGGCAAUGGAGCUCUGGCUUCUAUGCUCGUGUGCGGUGCUGGGUCUCCUCACUCUGCAGCCGUUUGAUCUCGGGACUGUCUUUCUGCCAAGCGAUUUGGAUUCUUAGGAAUCGUCCUUCGCUUCUUCCCUUGGCUGUCCUUCAUUCAGUAUCUCCUUUGUUUUUCCCCUCGCAGUUUUGAGGAACAUGUCUUCUUUGAGCAAGACACAGACGUCUCUGGGCUUUCUCGCCUUUGAUUUUCUUCCUGCAGAGUUGUCGGCUGUUCCUCUGGCGUCCUUGUCGGCUCCGCACAGAUGUUUCUGGAGUCCAACUGGCUGGUGCCGAUACCGAGAGCAGGAAAACUUCAGUUAACCAGGCAGUCGCGUGACGGUUAGAGCCACCGAGCGACGAAUCGUUGGAGGGUGCACUGUCGACCGUUGCUUGCAAACGAAUUCAGAACAGAAACUUUGCGGGA